CCGGCUCGGCUCCUCCCCAUUCCCGCCGCGUCCGCAUCGCUCCCUCCCUCCCUCGCUGCCUCGGAGUGGGAGCACGACGACUCGCCCCAUGACGCCGCGCUGCUGCUGCGGCGACCGAUAAAUAGUCAAACGCAGCAGGGCGGAGCGGCGACCAAGCCCACCCAAUUCCCAACCCACCCCCCUUCCCCCCUGCGCCACCGAUUCUCCUCCUCGACCGCCUCCACCCGGCGGAGAGGCGACGUUCCCGGCCGUGCCACCUCCGCCGCGGCAAGCUCGAAGCUGCCCCCGCUACGCUCUAUCCGCCCGCGCCCCCUGCAGGGAGAGAGAUUCAUGAGGGGCUCAAGAAUGAAUCCAGGCGACCGUAGAACGCGGAGCACGAUGACGAUAGUAAUUGUGAUGGGUUUGUGCUGCUUCUUUUACAUACUGGGCGCUUGGCAGAAAAGUGGGACAGGAAGGGGUGAUAGCAUAGCUCUGAGGGUUAACCAAGAAACAGACUGUGCAAUCUUGCCAAAUUUGCACUUUGAGACCCAUCAUAGCAUAAGUGGUGUCAAUCCAUUGAUCAUGACCAAUAAAAUGAUUGAGCCAUGCCACAUCCGAUACAGUGACUAUACUCCUUGUCAAGACCAGAACCGAGCAAUGACCUUUCCUAGAGAAAAUAUGACCUACAGAGAAAGGCAUUGUCCUGCAGAGAAUGAGAAACUGCACUGUCUAAUCCCAGCACCAAAAGGCUAUGUUGCCCCUUUCCCUUGGCCCAAGAGCCGCGACUAUGUUCCAUAUGCGAAUGCUCCAUAUAAGAGUCUGACAGUCGAGAAAGCUGUUCAGAACUGGAUCCAAUUUCAGGGAGAUGUGUUCAAAUUUCCAGGAGGAGGGACAAUGUUUCCCAACGGAGCAAAUGCUUACAUUGAUGAACUUGCAUCCAUCAUCUCACUUGCUGAUGGUACCAUCAGGAGUGCACUUGAUACUGGAUGUGGGGUUGCAAGCUUCGGAGCUUACCUGAUGGAUAAAAAUAUAUUAACCAUGUCAUUUGCACCCCGAGACUCACACGAAGCUCAGGUUCAAUUUGCUUUGGAGCGAGGUGUUCCUGCAGUUAUUGGAGUACUUGGAACUGUAAAGCUCCCCUACCCCUCUAGAUCUUUUGAUAUGGCCCAUUGCUCACGCUGCUUAAUCCCUUGGGGGUCAAAUGAUGGGAUGUACAUGAUGGAAGUAGACCGGGUUCUGAGGCCUGGGGGUUAUUAUAUACUAUCUGGACCUCCCAUCAAUUGGGAGAAAUACUACCAAACAUGGAAAAGGUCUAAACAAGAUGCCAAGGAAGAUCGAGAUCAAAUUGAAGACAUUGCUGAAAUGCUUUGCUGGGAUAAAAUCUAUGAGAAGGGGGAUACUGCUAUUUGGCAGAAAAAAACAGAUUCACAUUCAUGUCAUCAAAAGAAUGGUCAUGCUAGCAAGAUGUGCAAAGUUCAAGAUGCAGAUGACGUAUGGUAUAAGAAAAUGGAAUCUUGUAUAACACCUCCCGAAGAGGCAGCACAGUUAAAGAAGUUUCCAGAGAGACUAUUUGCCAUCCCUUCAAGAAUUCUGGAGGGCCAUGCCCCAGGUGUUACAGAAGAAGUCUACGAGGAGGAUAAUAAGUUGUGGAAGAAGCAUGUCAAUACUUACAAGAGGGUGAACAAGCUGAUAGGUUCUUCGAGGUAUAGGAAUAUUAUGGACAUGAAUGCAGGCCUUGGAAGUUUUGCUGCAGUGCUUGAUUCUCCCAGGUCCUGGGUAAUGAACGUUGUGCCCACUAUAUCACAGAGGAACACUCUCGGUAUCAUCUAUGAGCGAGGUCUGAUUGGCAUAUACCACGAUUGGUGUGAAGCCUUCUCUACAUACCCUAGGACAUACGACCUAAUACAUGCCAAUGGUGUCUUCAGUUUAUAUCAGAACAGGUGUGAUGUGGAAGACAUUCUUCUGGAGAUGGAUAGGAUUUUACGGCCCGAAGGUGCAGUCAUACUGCGGGACAAUGUUGAUGUACUGAACAAGGUUCGAAGCACAGUGGCGGGAAUGCGGUGGAAAUCCAAGUUACUCGAUCACGAAGAUGGCCCUCAAAUCCCUGAAAAGAUUUUGAUUGCAGUGAAAGAGUAUUGGGUUGGCAGCGAAGAAGAGAACAAUUCAUAGAUACAGAACCACGGCAAUACUUGAUAACACCAUCUUUCCCUGUGAUGUGAACCCCUGGUGCUGUUUCGUCAGUGAAUAGACUUUGUUCAUACUUCAUAGGUACUGAGUACAGACCUCACCAUUCGACAUCCAGAUCCCAUAUACAAACACUGCUUGGAUGUCGUAGAUGUUUGUUGUGCAUAUAUAGUGCCAAAGCAUUAAGGAACAUUGGUGACUUGCCAAUUCAUUUUGUAGGUAAAGGACAAUACUUGGCUGGCUACUGGCUAGUUUGUGCGAAUAUUCAUUCUAAAGAUAUAUAGAGAGAGGCUUUAGUGACUU